UCCAUCGAUUAUUACUGCAGUAAAAAUACCUAAGUAAGGGAACACUAGAAUCCUCUCCCCGAAGUUCUAUAGAAUCCUCUGCCCCUGAAAGACGGUGGGAUCGUGGGGGAGAAAGGAAGGUAGAUUGCACCGCGAAAAUCUCCUGUACAAAACCUGAGUGCAAAAUUCCAGACAAAUUACCUCGCAUUUGUCUCUGUGAACGGGGAAAAAGGAAGGUGGCGUUCCUUCGUCGGCGCCGGGUUUCUUAUGUUGUCCGCCGUUCUGCUUCCGUUGUGCUUUGAAUUUGUGCAGUUCUUCCAUGGCUUCUGGAACUUCAAUUACCGCACCUGAGGCCGUCCAGGUGCUGGUGUCGUUACUAGCCGAUGAUUCUCUCGCUGUUAGGGAGGCCUCCAGGGCCUCUCUCAAAGACAUUGCUGCUCUGAAUCCUCUUUUAGUUCUCGAGUGCUGCGCAGUCGUUUCACGAGGAGGACGUCGGCGGUUCGGAAACAUGGCCGGUGUUUUUCAAGUGAUGGCAUUUGGGGUUCGCUCGCUGGACAAAAGAGAGGUCGAUGAUUCUUUCAUGACAAAGCUUGCCAAGAUUGCUACCGCUGAAAUGAUAUCCUCUAAGGAAAUCAAUUCGGACUGGCAACGAGCAGCAACAAGUCUACUUGUUGCAAUUGGUUUGCAUUUACCUGACCUAAUGAUGGAAGAAAUUUUUCUUCAUUUAUCUGGGCCAAAUUCAUUACUGGCUAUGGUUCAAAUACUUGCAAAAUUUGCUUCUACUGAUCCACUACAGUUUAUUCCUCGGUGGAAAGGUGUACUUUCACGAAUUCUGCCAGUUCUUGGAAAUGUGAGAGAUGUGCAUCGGCCGAUUUUUGCUAAUGCAUUUAAGUGUUGGUGUCAAGCUGCUUGGCAAUAUAAUGUGGAUUUUCCUUCGCAUUCACCCCUUGAUGGAGAUGUCAUGUCAUUUUUAAAUUCUGCUUUCGAUCUUUUUCUUAGAGUUUGGUCAACUUCACGGGAUCUAAAGGUUUGUGCGGCGUCUGUGGAAGCCCUGGGUCAGAUGGUUGGUCUCAUAACACGCAACCAACUAAAGGCUGCUUUACCAAGGCUUAUUCCUACAAUAUUGGAUUUAUACAAAAAGGAUCAAGAUACCGCUUUUCUGGCAACAUGCAGUCUUCACAGCCUCUUAAAUGCCUCUCUUCUGUCUGAAAGCGGUCCUCCUAUGAUUGAUUUUGAGGACCUAGCACCCAUUCUGUCAGCACUUCUUCUGGUGAUUUGUGUGAAUACUGAUGGCAAAGAACAAGUGGGGCUGAAGACAUAUAAUGAAGUUCAGCAUUGCUUUCUGGCCGUUGGCCUGGUGUAUCCAGAUGAUUUAUUUGUGCUCCUUGUAAAUAAAUGCAGGCUGAAGGAAGAACCAUUGACCUUUAGUGCACUUUGUGUUCUGAAGCACCUUUUGCCCAGGUUAUUGGAAGUCUGGCACAAUAAAAGGCCUCUGCUAGUUGAAGCUGUAAAAUCCUUGCUAGAUGAGCAGAAUUUAGGUGUCCGAAAGGCACUUUCAGAGUUGAUUGUGGUUAUGGCUUCACACUGUUACUUGGUUGGUUCAUCUGGUGAGUCGUUUGUUGAAUAUCUUGUACGCCAUUGUGCCCUGACAGAUCAAAAUCAGAGUGAUAUUGACAACAGGCUAAAUAAGAGAGUUGAGAUGAAAAUUGGUGUUGUGACUUCAGGGGACUUGAGAGCAAUUUGCGAGAAAGGGCUCUUCUGA